AUGGAUUCCGUCGCGGUCAGGCGAAAAGAUACCACAAAGGGCCCUCCUCUUCGGAUCCUGUCGCUUGAUGGAGGAGGCGUCCGUGGCUAUUCGAUGCUCAUCAUUGUGCAGGAGCUUAUGCACCGUACCUACGUCGAAAUCGAAGGGCAUGCGCCUCGGCGAAACCAGAUCCCCAAGCCAUGCGACCACUUCGACCUCAUCGUUGGUACCGGCACCGGCGGCCUCAUCGCCUUGAUGCUCGGGCGUUUACGUCUCGACCUCGAAACCUGCAAGGAACUCUAUGUUCGCAUGACAAGGAUGGUGUUCGAGACGGACAAAACCAUUGCCGGCAUACCAUAUCGUUCGACCUUAUUCAAGGCUUCUCGUCUAGAAACUGCAAUCAAGGAAGCAGUUCGAGAACAUACCAUAUACGAAAGGGAAGGCAAUGACGGCACCCAGGCCGACGCAGUCAGCCCCCUCACUACGGCUUCCGGUCCUCGACGUCAUUCCAGUAAUGCCAGCGUUGUCAGUUUCAGUGCGCGGAGUCCUCAGGCCCAGAUGGCACGCCCUGUCUUGAACUCCCGUUGGGGGAACCCGAACGCGAGGCUUUACGACUCCAGAGAGACAAGAACCAAGACUGCUGUUCUGACCAUGUACAAAGGCGCCGGCAAGAGCAGCGCCCCCAUGGUCCUUCGGUCCUACGACUCGAGAAGAGAGCCACCACCGGAGUUCGAUUGCAAAAUAUGGGAAGCUGGCAGGGCCACGUGCGCUAUCGGCCUCGCCUUCAAGCCUAUUCAGAUCGGGCAAUCCGUCUUCCACGACGACGGCGCCGGCCCAUUCAACCCAGCUCCGGAAGCUUUGGAGGAGGCUCUUGUUAAUGAGUGGCCAGGCCGGGAGAUUGGCGUCUUCGUCAGUGUGGGAACGGGAAGGCGGCCGAAGAGCAGCGAUGCGAACCAACAAAUGUGGUACGAGGGUUUCCUAGGCGAGUAUGCGGAUGCCCGACGAAGACUGAUCGCCAAAAUCGAGGGCUGUGAAACGACGCAUGAGAGGAUGAAGACGGAAUAUUUGCCAAACAGGAAUGUCAACAUCGAGAACUACUAUCGUCUCAAUGUGGAAAUCGGAGUUGGAGAGUUUGGCAUGAAUGAAUGGCACCGUUUGGCGGACAUCAGCAGCGGAACACGACAAUACCUGAGGCGGGAGGCGGAACAGAAGAUGAUACAAGGCGCGACAUCCAAAAUGGCCAAGAUACACAAGGCCCAUCAACGUUUGGCCCGCCUGCCAAAUGUACCUGAACUGGUCAAGUCAUCCGACACGUCCAUGCCUUUCGCUGUUGAGCUGCCAGGUGAUGAGCCUAGCUGGCCAGCACCUGGCACGCCACGGAGCCGGCAGUCCUACGAAUCUGGAACCGACAAUCUCCAGCUGCCUUUCGGCGCAACACCUUCACCCCGAAGCUCAGGCGAGCGUUUGCACUCACCGCCGCCUAUGACGGGAUCGCCGUCGGGCCGCCCAGCUCAACUGGCGCCACCGGUGGCUGACCCGGCCUCUCCCGACUCAGACAAGUUGGUCAUCACUGCGCCGACUCCAGCACAGUACCGGCACGCAGCAGGGGCCGAUAAGAUUGCUAUCAUGAGCCCUGACGAGCAUCCGCGAUGGCAAGGGUCGAACGGGCAACAUCCUUCUCAUCAGCCUCAGCUUCCGCAACGCAUCCCGCCUCCUCUACCACCCAAAACGCCGCUACCCGAGCGGCAGAUGUCGCCUCGAGGCCCGCAUGGGGCUCCUCCUCUGCCAUAUCCUACCGAUGAUGAACCCCCGCCCGUGAAUAUGGCCAGAAAGCCAGACUACAGAGGACGUUGA